AUGACGAUAUUAGAUUUCUUUGGAAUUUCACUUCUCACAUUUGUAAUAUUUUUAGUAUUAAAAUAUUUUGUUUUUACCAAAAUGGCUAUGCGUUUCUAUGCUAAUUAAGGAAUCAAUGAGUAUAAAUACUAUCCUAUUAGUGGUAUGGCUAGAGAAUGGAUGGAUAAAUCAUCAAAUGAUAAUCUAAAGACUGUAAAAUAUAUUAAAUUUGAUGACAAAUAUAAGGGAGAGGAUGCUAUUUUAUCUAAUUUGCUUGAUAGAGCUCUUUUGAUUUUUAUAGAGCCAAAUCUGAUCAAUGAGUUUUUACAAAAUUAGUAGAACUAUGUCAAAUUUGAGGCUCCUUUAAUAGGAUUUAAACAAUUUCUUGGAAAUGGAAUAGCUCUAGAAGAAGGAGAAAAAUGGAAAAUUUAGAGAAAAUUUAUUUCUAAGUUGUUCAAGUUUGAUGUUGUUGUAAAUUAUCUUAGCAGUAUUCGCAGAGUUUCAAAAACUAUGUUAGAUAGAAUAGAAGAUUCUAAUUUUUAGGUAUUAAAGCAAUUUGAAGCAAUUAAUAGUGCUAUUUCUGUUUAGAUUUUUAUGGGCGCUAACAUAGAUGACUAUAAAAUUGAUGGUAAAAAUCCUUAUAACGCUAUUGACACUAUGUGUGCUGAAAUUUUUCAUCAUUAUAUGAGCAUUAUUCCUAUUAUCUUUGGAGAAAAAUUUGUUAAGUUAAAACUAAGAAAAUCUGAUAGGAUAAUAUGUGAAAAAGUUUAAUAUGUGCGCUAAUAGAUGAAAAAUAUUAUUUUAGAUACAAUCAAGAGAGAGAAAUUUCAUAUUGAAUAGAACAAAGAAUAAGAAAAUAUUAACAUUAUUGCUCUUUUGAUCAAAGAAGGACAUAAAAUGGAAGAUGAACAAGAAAUAACUGAUAUAUUAAACCUUACUUUCAGUCUUUACUUUGCUUCAAGAGACACUUUAGCUAGUGUUUUGACUAUGAUGUUAUACUAUUUAAUCAAAAAUCCUGAUUACUUCAAAUAAGUAGAAAAAGAAAUAUUAAAUUUACCUCCUAAUUACACAUUUUCUGACAUUUAAAAGCUAGAUUUUCUUUAAGCUUGUUUAAAAGAGACAAUCAGGAUAAAUACAAGCGCCCCAAUUUUAUUUACUCGCGAAGCUAAGGUAGACCAUAAAAUUGGAAAUUAUAAUAUUUAAAAAGGCACUUAUGUAAACGUGGGUUUAAUAAGUAAUUAGUUAGAUGAAAAAUAUUUCAAAGAUCCUCUUAAUUUUAAUCCAAAUAGAUGGUUAGAUCAUUCUACUGAAAACAUGAUCAAAGAAAACCCUUUUGUAUAUUUACCUUUCUCUGGUGGAAUGAGAAACUGCAUAGGCCAACAUCUCGCAAAUUUAUAAGCCAAGAUUGUUUUUGCAGAAUUCAUAAAAAAAUAUUAAUUACCAGAAUUACCUAAUGACUUUGUAUUGGAGUUUACACUUAAAUAAAAUUAUCAAAUAAAAAAUCCUCUCAUCCUAAAUCUAAAAAAGAGGUAAAGCAAUUGA